UUUCUGAUUUUUUUGUAUUUUUCUCUUGUCUACAAGUUAAAAUAAAUUCAGUCUAUUAUAAAAAAGCCGAAAUUACUUUUACUAUUAAUCCUAACAUAAGUUAAUAUACAUAAAGUGGUCCUUCAAGCAGCCGGAUAUGCAAAAUAAUUGAAGUCAAGUCCAUAAGAAGUACUUUGUGUGCCGCCAUUAAACCUGCGCCGUUCCUCGGUUCCGUUCGUCAGUCGAUGAGAUGGAUGGUUGCUAGCACCGGUAUGAAGGUUGAAUGUGGCGCAUUCCGCCGCGCCACCGAAGAUGGCCGAUUGAUUCUGAUUGUCUACUUUUUGACGUACAUCAAAUAUGACAAUAGUGACAUUUUAACUGUCGUAUUUGACGAUUGUCUUUUUUAAGUUUUCUUUGGGUGGAAAACAAGCCAAGCCUCAUGAUUUUCUUCCAAUUUAAAGUUUUUAAGUAAUUUUAUAGCUUUUUGUAGUUUUUUUGAGUUCUGGGUUGAUACAUUAUUUUACAAACGUGCCAACAUCGAAUCAUCAUGCAACUACAUAGAGCAGGAGACAGGUGAACCGGAGAUAUUAAGGAUGGAUUAUUUAAAUGUGCCUUCAAAGAAAAAAUGUUCUGUGCCCAGUUGUCCUGGUUCACGUGUUAUGCACCGAUUUCCUCAGGACCCAGCUCGGUUACAAGUUUGGCUCAGUCGUAUUAAUAAUCCAGAACUUACAAUAUUAAAUCCUGAUACUUUGUACAGUAAUCGAAGAGUCUGUAGUUUGCACUUUGAACAAAAUUGUUAUGUUCCGAACUGUGGGAGGAAACUGUUAAAGCAAGAAGCUUGGCCUUCUUUACAGUUAAAUGCAGUUGAUGUGAAUUGAUAUCAUUGGAACAAGUAAACACCCCUAAAACGCAGCAUAUGAUUGAAAACUAUGAACCAUCAAAAGAGUCACGUGAAUCCCAACCAAAAUCUAUUGCUACAGCUUCUGGAGCUGUUUAUAAAACUCCUUUGAGAUCAAGAAUUUUACAAGAAGUUAAUGUUACUCGGCAAGUCAUGUUAACACCAAAAGCAAGACAUUUGUAUAAAAGGGUGAUUAAAACGUCAAAUAAAAUGAUACAGUUGAGGAGUAGAAUGAAAAGUUUCCAGGAGAGGUUAAAUGAAGCCAAAAGAGUCGCCUCUCAAUUUGACGGUCUAUUGGAAAAGGUUAAUAAACCUACCUAUAAUUUCAUAAUGUCACAAAUAAGAACCCAGAAACAAAAACCAAAAGCCCGAAGAUCUACUUUGGAUGAAAAGAUUUUAUGCCUCAGUAUCUUAAAGGCAAGUGGAAAGGGCUAUAGGCUCCUGGCAAAGGUGUUUACUUUACCUUCAAAGAUAACUUUAACGAAUCUGUUGAGUAAAAUUCGUUUAUCAGCAGGUAUAAAUAGCCACCUAAUAAAAUCUUUAAAAGAAAAAGUAAAGAAGCUCAAAGAAGUCGAUCGGACGGCAAUUAUAAUAUUUGAUGAAAUGUCUAUUAAUAUGGGGUUGACUUAUAACCAAAAGGAUGAUUGCAUAUAUGGCUUCCAUGACUUAGGAGACAAUAACAGAAAAGCAUUACUGUCUAACUAUGCCAAUGUUGUCAUGGUCAAAGGAGUAUACAAACAUUGGAAACAACCAUUAUGUUUUACUUUUAGUAAUGGGCCAAUACCUACAUUUGAAUUGAAAAGUAUCAUCAAAAAGGUAAUUGGAACAUGUCAAGAAGCAGGUCUUGAUGUUGUGGCAACAGUCUGCGAGGGGUCAGCCAAUCAAGCUGCGAUCAAAAAUCUUAUUGAUGAGUCUAAGGUAGAUUUUUUGAGGAGAAAUGAAGAAUAUCGACAUUUUGGCUUUUUUGUUAAUGGGAAGGAAAUAGUUCCACUUUUUGACCCACCACAUUUAAUGAAAGGCAUAAGGAACAAUCUAUUAACUAAAGAUCUACACUUCAUUAAGGAUGGCGUUAAAAGAGUGGCUAAGUGGGAGCAUUUAGAACAGUUUUAUAUGUUGGAUGCAGAAGAUGAAGAUCAAAUUUGCAGUAAUUUGACUGAUAGCCAUAUAAUUAGGGACAAAAUCAACAAAAUGAAGGUGAAAUGUUGUACCCAAGUUUUUAGCAAUCGUGUUGGAAGUCUAAUGAAACGGAUCCUAAAGUGGAAAAAACCGGAAAUCAAACUUGACGAAAAAGCGAUUGACACUGCGGAAAUUCUUCUUUUCUUUGACAAGCUGUUCGAUAGCAUGAACUCCAGCCAAAGAAUUUCGCCUCCUGGAAAACCGCUAAAGGCUGCAGUAAAGCUAUAUUCCGAACAUAUCCAGUUUUGGAGAAACAGCAUAACAGUCUUAGGUACAAUGAGAUAUUUUUGCCCAAAAAAAAAUGGUUUUGUUUCAGUCCCUACUAUAAAAAACUUUAUUUUUACUGUCAAGGGCCUUAUUUAUUUAUUUCCGAUAUUAUUGGAUAAUAAGAAAAACAGAUUUAUUAUGACGAGGCCGUUUCAACAAGAUGCCUUAGAAAAUUUUUUUGGAAACAUAAGAAGUCAUGGUGUACGAGAGAUAUCACCAACUUCUCAUCAUUUUAUCUCCUCAUUUAAAGGUUUGCUAAUUAAUAAUUUCAUGUCGAACCAUUCCCUAGGAGCAAAUUGCCAGGAAGAUCAUAAUGAGGGAGCUUUGGACAAUCUUAAAAGUUUUUUAAUAGGUGAUGUAAGUUCUGACAUUGCUGCUGUGGACAAUGACAGUGUCCCAAUCACACAUUGGGAAGAUAUACCAUUUAAUAAAAAAUCAAAAAUUGCUGUCAAUGUCAGAACUUAUAUAACUGGUUUCAUUGCUAAAAAAGUCCUCAAGCAAAUUAAAUGUGAGAAUUGUAAGACUAAACUUCAAUUUAGAGAACAUAAUGCGGAUGUGGAGUUUAUUGAAGCAAGACAAUACAAAAAUUGCAAAUUAACUCUUCCUGGUACUUUUUUUAAUUUUGUUAUCAGUGAGGCAAUCUCGAGGCUUUUCUUCCUCAUCCCGAGAUUGUGCACAAAAUCGCAAAUCCUAAAAACUCUGGAUGAUAUAAUAAAAAUUAAAAUGGAAUCGUUUAGAAUGUUAAAUUGUCCUAAUCAUCCCAAUACAGGUAAUAUUUUAAGAAAAAUAACUAUCAAAUGUUGUAUAUUUUGGUGGUGUAAAAAGGUAAACAAAAUUAUUAAUGGCAAAGAUGAAAAAUUUAUUUAUCUUAUUAAAAAAAAAUCUGCUGCUAAUAUUGAUCCUAUUAAAGUUCAUGCUUAUCAUAUGUAUGAGAAACUUAAAAAGAAAAAAACCCCUCUAGUGCAGGUUUCUUGGAAUAUUCUACAGCAAAAACCUGAGAAUCUCAAAAAACUAGAUGAGGAGAUUUACAAUUCGAUGCUGGUAGAAGACGCUACUGAAAAAGAUUUGUUGACCGAGGCUGAAGGUAACGAAACCUACGAACACAAGUUCUGUGAUUUGUGCAUACGCUGUGAGGAGUUUUUGAAGCCACCUGCGUUGGCUGAUGAGGUGAGAUCGAACCACUCAUGUAGCGGUAAGAACACAAUUAUAGAACAAGGCAACGGUGCCGGGUAG